AUGGCACCCUCGACGACCAAGCAGUGGACCGUGGAAGGGAAGAAUGGCUUCGACUCGCUGAAGUGGGAUGAGAAGGCGCCAGUUCCCACGCUGGGCGCAAAGGACGUUCUUGUCAAGUUCCAUGCCGCGUCGCUAAACUUCCGCGAUCUCGCCAUCCCCAAGGGCAAGUACCCGUUCCCGAUCAAGGAGGGUGUGGUUCCCGGCUCGGAUGGAGCUGGUGUCGUCGAAGCCGUCGGAGCCAAUGUCACAAGAUUCAAGGUCGGCGAUAAAGUAGCAACACUCUUCAACCAGGGCCAUCUCGCCGGAUCCCUCAACCCCGCCGUCCUCUCAACCGGUCUCGGCGGUUCUAUGGACGGCACCCUUCGCGAGUACGGCACGUUUGACGAGCAAGGCCUCGUAAACAUGCCCAAGAACCUCAACUUCUUCGAAGCUAGUACCCUCCCUUGCGCAGCGUUGACAGCCUGGAACGCUCUCUACGGCCUCAAGCCCCUGCAACCCGGCCAAACGGUGCUCACCCAGGGCACCGGCGGCGUGUCCAUCUUCGCCCUCCAGUUCGCCAAAGCCGCUGGCGCCCGCGUCAUCGCCACCACCUCUUCAUCAGAAAAGGCCGACUUGCUUCGCAAACUCGGCGCCGACCAUGUCAUCAACUACAAGGAGAACCCUAACUGGGGCGAGCAAGCGCAGUCACUUUCGCCAGGCGGCCUCGGCGUCGAGCACGUCGUCGAAGUCGGCGGCCCAACGACCUUGAAGGAGUCCCUAAAGGCCAUCAAGAUCGACGGCGUGAUCAGCAUCAUUGGCUUCAUUGGCGGCUUCUCAAAGGACCAGCCCUCGUUCCUCGACUGCCUCAACAACAUCUGCACUGUCCGUGGUCUGCUUGUCGGCUCCCGCCAGCAGUUCGAAGACAUGAACGCCGCCAUUGAGGUGAAUGACAUCCAUCCCAUUGUUGACGAGAAGAUCUUCACGCUGCCUGAGCUCAAGGACGCAUAUCAGUACAUGUUUGACCAGAAGCACUUUGGCAAGAUGGCUAUCAAGAUUGCUGAGUAG